CCUCCCUUUUCCGCCUUUUCAUUCAUUUCACAAUUCAAGAAAUCUUCUUCUGGGGUAGCAAAUCAAGAUGCUGAAAUCCGGGCUCUUCGGGCGCAAGAAAACGGCGGGGACGCCGUUCGCGGAGUUCUACAACAAGUGGUUCGAAACCCUGUCGACGACCCUCCUCCCCCAGCUCCGGUGCGCCCUGUCGUCCUUAGCCGCCCCUCCCGCCCUCCUGUCGAUCCACGUGGAGGCGAUGCACCACCACCUCCAGUCCUACUACAACUCCCUCGACGAGGCCGCGGCCGCCGACGUGGCACUCUGCCUCUCCCCCGAGUGGCGCAACUCCCUCGAGAAGCCCUUCCUCUGGCUCGCCGACCUCCACCCCUACCUCUUCACCAACCUCCUCCGAUCAUUCCUCGAUGAUCAAGACUCAUCCGACUCCGACCAGGAAGAGCCCGCCGCCUGGCCCGUGGCGGCCGCGUGGCGGAGCCCCUCCAAGGUGCUGACGAUGCGGGUGGACCAGAUCGAGUGCGGCCUGCGGCUCAUGGCGCCGGCGCUGGCGGCGCGGGGGCGGGAGGCGCAGGCGAAGCUGGUGAGGGAGGUGGGGGCGGACUGGGAGGGGAGGGACGUGGUCAAGGCGGCGGUGGAGGCCGAGAUGGAGGAGCUUGUUGGGGUCGUGGUGGACGCCAACCGGCUGCGGCGGAGCGUGCUGGCGGAUGUGCUCAGCGUCACCAAUGUGUAUCAGGCGGCGCUGUUUCUGGAAGCGGUGGCGACGUUCUUGGUGGGGUUUAGGGAUAAGGAUUUGCUUCAGGAGUUUGAGGGCUGCGAGAAGCCUAUCAAUGUCAGUUCUACCGAGUAAUCAUCGCUUAAUUAUGAUUCUUGCCUUUUCUGAAUUAGGGUUUUCAUUUCUAACCAUUUUCUUUUAUUUCUUUUUUUUUUGGGGGUGGGGGAAAGAGAAGAUCAAUUGUUAGGGGGAUUCACGAAAUUUCAGUUUAUCUGGAGUUUGUGUAUGUGUUUUUUUUGUAAAGAAUUGUUUUUAGAGAUAUUGGGUACAUUUGGAUUUGUAGAACUGUUUUGUAAAGUCUC